AUGAUCUUCUCUCUUUGUGCUUCCUUUCCACUAAAGGUCUCUUGUGGUGACUUGAGAGGUGAUCGGGGAGAGGUUUCUUUCUUUGCUGGGCUGCUACGAUCUGCCGGGCAAUCCCACCGGGUGAAAGAAAUUCACGAGAUUCACGACAGGGUCUUGAGCAGCCGCCAUAGCACGAAUGUUUUCCUUGCCAAUCUCGUCGUCCAGAGCUACGGGAGAUGCGGGGACAUGGAAAGGGCCAGAUUGGCCUUCGAUCGCAUCCGCCGACCCAAUGUCUUCUCGUGGACGAUUAUGCUCUCGGCAAUUGCCCAGAAUGGAACCUUGGACGACGCUCGAGCGUGGUUCGAAAUGAUGCCCAAGAGAGAUCCUGUCUCAUGGGUCGUGAUGAUAAAACGCUACGCCGCUGAUGGGAACCUGGAUCAAGCCCAGGAACUGUUUGAUCGAAUGCCCGAGAAGAAUGUAGUGGCAUGGACUGUGAUGGUUACCGCACUUGCCCAGAAAGGGGAAUUUGAUCGUGCGAAAGAGUUGUUUGAUAGGAUGCCUGAGAGAAAUCCGGUUUCUUGGGGUGCUCUGAUAUCGGCUUACGCAGCGCACAACCGGCUGGAAGAAGCGAAGCGCUUGUUUGAUGCGAUGGAGAAACCAAACAUUCACGUCUACACUGUGAUGAUCACUGCGUAUGCCAAAGCCGGAGAAAUUGCAAAUGCGGAGAGGAUGUUUGCUCUCAUGCCUGAGAAGGACUUAGUCGCUCAAACUACAAUGCUGCAAGCGUUUUCUCACAAUGGUCUUGUCGAAAAGGCAAGGAAGAUCUUUGAUGUAAUCCUGGACAAGGAUGAAAUGGCUUGGAACGCUAUGAUCACUGCAUAUGCCCAAAAUGGAGAAGCAUUUCGUGCAAAGCAAGUGUUUGAUUCCAUGCCCGCAACGAGACGAAACAUCGUCACUUGGAACUCGAUGCUCUCGGCGUUUAAUCUCAAUGGCCAUCCUCACCGAGCUCUGGAGCUGCUGAAAACCAUGCAGCUCGAGAGGAUCAAACCAAACGAGAUAACUUUCAUCGCAGCGCUGGGAGCCUGCGCUGAUGCUGGCGAGCUCGAAACCGGACGAGCGCUCCACGUCGAGGUCAUCGAUCGAGGCCUCGACCGCGACCAACGCAUCCAGGUCUCGCUGGUGAGCAUGUAUGGGAAAUGCCGCAGCCUGGUGGACGCCGUCACAGUCUUCGAUCAAACCCGAGCGAGCCUCCGCGACGCUGUUUGCUGGACUGCGAUGAUCACGGCCUUUGGAGAGAACCACCACUGCCGCGAGGCCAUCCAAGCUCUCGCUGGAAUGGACUUGGAAGGCGUGCAAGCCAACCAUGUCACCUUCGUCGGCCUCGUCAAUGGGGUCACUUCUCUCGGAGAAGCCAAGCUUGUCCACGAGGAGAUCAUCCAGGCGAGCCUCCACUCUCAGAAGCUUGACACUGCUCUCGUCCAGAUGUUCACGAAGUGUGGAUCACUGCCCAGUGCCGAGGCUGUCUUCUGGCAAAUCCCUCCACUCCAGAGGGACGUAGCUUCUUACGACGCCAUGGUCUCGGCCUAUGCUCAAGCUGGCGAGUCCCAGGCGGCCAUCCGGACUUUCGAGCUCAUGCUGUUGGAGGGCGGCGCUGCGGCGGACGAAAUCGUGUUUGUGAGCGUGCUCUCGGUCUGUAGCCAUGCCGGAAUGCUGAGUAGAGGACUCGAGCUCUUCCGGAGCAUGCAGGAGGACUUUGGUUUGAGGCCGAGCGUGGAUCACUUUGUGUGCGUGGUGGAUCUGCUGGGACGGUCGGGGCAGCUUCAGCUAGCGCAGGAGCUCGUCGAUGUCAUGCCGUUUGAGCCCGGUCCCGUGCCUUGGACGAUCCUGCUCGACUCGAGCAACAAAGUUUGCGACGGGAGCGAGCGGCAGGCCUCGGUUGCGGCCGAGAGGACGCUCCAACUGGAGCCCGAGGUCUCUGCUUCGUACGUGCUCUCUAGCUCGUCUUCCAUGAGGAAGUUCUCGUCGAGCUAG